AUGGUUAUUUUUCCAAAGCCUAGAACCAGAGGCAAAGUUAUAUCCAUUAUUAGAUUGCCUUGCAUAUCAUUUUCAAUUAGUCUUCGAAUCGAACUAGAGAUAAACGCCACCAAAACCGCCGUUGCAGCAUCCAAGUCAUCUACCGCAUCCAAGCCAUUUGCCGAAAGCAUUUGCAGUGGUUUAUCUGAGCUAGCAGAGCGGUAUAAGUGCAUGUGUGAUCAAUUAAGUUCAUCUACCACGCGAGAUUUGAUCUCUAGCGAUCAAGACAAGAAAUGGGUAGAGGAGUUAAUCGACGUAUCUUUGAAUUUAUUAGAUGUUUGUGGCAACACAUGGGAUAUGGUUACACUAUUCAAAGAGCAGGUUAGAGAUCUUCACUGUGCCCUGCGAAGGAGAAAGUGCGAAAAUGGAAGCAUGAAAUAUAAAUGCUUCAGAAAGACGAUGAAGAAAGAUGUUGAAAUGUUGGUGGCGCGUUUGAAACAAGUUAAUAACAUGGUGAUUGAUUCAGAUAACAAUCAAGUUGCAGCAGAAGUAAAAGGAGUUAUUGAAAAGACUGUUAUCAUUUUCGAAUCAUUGCUUUUGUACUUAUCUACGCCGACUUCAAAGCCAAGCAUAUGGUCAAGUGUGGUAUCAAAGUUGAUCCACAAGGGAAAGGUGGCAUGUGAAGAUCAAACACAAGAGGAGAAGAUGCAAUUUGCAAAAUCUGGAUUGGAAAAAGAGGAAACUCUGCUUGAUAGCAUGGAAACCAGAUUGGAGUGCAUAUUUCGGUGCUUGAUUCGAACCAGGGCUUCUCUCUUAAACAUCAUCUCACUGCAUUGGAACUCCUGAAU